GUUGUAGACAUGGCGGCGGCCUUGGAGGAGGAUGAAAUCGACAACGAUGAUUAUUACUCGCUGUUAAACGUGCGAAGAGAGGCCACACAAGAAGAGCUCAAAGCAUCGUAUCGCCGUCUUUGCAUGCUCUACCACCCUGAUAAACACAGAGACCCUGAGCUCAAAACACAGGCAGAACAGCUUUUUAACCUUGUACACCAGGCAUAUGAAGUUCUAAGUGAUCCACAAUCCAGAGCUAUCUAUGAUAUUUAUGGAAAAAGAGGGCUCAGCGUGGAAGGAUGGGAGGUAGUGGAGAGGAGAAGAACGCCGGCGGAGAUCCGGGAUGAGUUUGAGCGCCUCCAGAGAGAGAGGGAGGAAAGGAGACUGCAGCAGAGGACCAACCCUAAGGGGACAAUUAGUGUGGGUGUGGAUGCCACAGACCUUUUUGAUCGUUAUGAGGAAGAUUACGAGGAACUCCCUGGUGGGGGCUUUCCCAGCGUUGAGAUUAACAAGAUGCAUAUAUCUCAAUCCAUAGAGGCACCUCUGACAACGUCAGACACGGCUAUACUUUCGGGCUCUCUCUCUACACACAAUGGCAACGGUGGUGGAAAUAUUAGCCUGGCUCUACGACGGGUGACAUCAGCCAAAGGCUGGGGAGAGGUUGAAUUGGGAGCAGGAGACACACACGGACCUCUUUUUGGGUUGAAGAUAUUUCGCAACCUGACACCUCGCUGCUUCAUGACCGCUCAGUGUGCACUACAGUUUUCAUCACGUGGAGUGAGGCCGGGCGUAACCACCAUGCUUGCGCGCCACCUUGACAAGAACACAAUGGGCUACCUACAGUGGCGCUGGGGGGUUCAGUCCUCCAUGAACACCAGCAUUGUCAGAGAUACAAAGAGUAGCCACUUCACAUUUGCUGUACAGCUGGGAAUCCCACACACUUUCAUUAUGAUGAGCUACCAGUACAAAUUUCAAAAUGAUGACCAGACGAAAAUCAAGGGUUCUGUCAAAUCAGGCUUUUUUGGAACAGUGGUUGAGUAUGGUGCUGAGACUAAGAUCAGUCGACAUAGUGUUCUUGGUGCUACUGUCAGUGUUGGAGUUCCACAAGGUGUCACGCUUAAAAUAAAGUUAAACAGAGCAAGCCAGACAUACUUUUUCCCGAUUCACCUGACAGACCAGCUCCUUCCCAGUGCAGUAUUCUAUGCCACAGUCGGACCUCUGGUAUUUUACCUGGCUGUUCAUCGGCUUGUUAUUAAGCCAUACCUACGAGCCCAGAAGGAACAGGAACUGGAAAAACAUCGUGAGAGUGCUGCAUCUGACAUUGCCAAGAAGAAACAGGAGGCAGAGUCUGCUGUUCUGCUGAUGCAGGAGUCUGUGCGCAGAAUAAUUGAAGCAGAGGAGUCUAAAAUGGGACUGAUCAUCCUCAAUGCCUGGUAUGGAAAGUUUGUGACAGACAACAGCAGGAAGCAUGAAAGGGCACGGGUCAUUGAUGUGACUGUACCUCUUCAGUGCCUGGUGAAGGACUCCAAACUCAUUCUCACAGAGGCCUCAAAGGCCGGAUUACCGGGCUUUUAUGACCCAUGUGUGGGUGAGGACAAGAGUCUGAAGGUGUUGUAUCAGUUCAGAGGAGUCAUGCACCAAGUUCUGUCUGGUGACACAGAAGCACUCAGGAUACCUAAACAAUCUCACAGGAUUGAUAAUGACACUUAGGAGCCGUUAUUUACAGGACAGCAUGGACUUACCUAAAGGAGCAAUGGAUGUUAUAGUGACUGAUAUUCCCUGUGGCCUAAACGGCAAUCAAAUGCAUCUAUAGCCUUCAGUUUGUGCAGUUUUAAUUGUUAUGGAAAAAGGGAAUGUUUAAGAAAAACUGAUUUCACUGGAACAAUGCAUGAGUUUGUUUAAUGUCUCUUGGAAAACCUUAUAUCUUAAAUCAAUGCGAAGGAUUUGUUUCUUGAUAUGUAAUUGGGCCUUACUGUUAGAAUAAAUACCACUUUUCAUGUAUACAAUUAUGGGCACUAUACUAACACGUAAAUUAACUGUACUGGAGAAUCUCCAGGAUCCCAGUGUCUCUAUUUAGGCCUUACUUAAAAGAUAAUUACACCUGCUGUAUAGAUAAGACAGCACUCCCUAAAAGUACUUACAGAAUCACACUUUUAGUUCAGCAUUGGCUCUUGAAUUGGAAACAUGCAUACAAGAUAAUCGAAUCUUCACUAAACAGGUGUAUUCUAGAACAGGUGAAUACUUGGAACUGGUAAUAGAUAAGUAAUAUUUGGGCAGGCCUUAAUAAAUAGUUGCCAUUCUAUAAAUCAUUAUUUUGCAACUUUGUGUUAAUAAACUGUUACAUGAAAAUAUAGCACGGGGUUAAUCCACAUGACCCAUUACCUUCAAAUUAAAGUACACUAUAUCAAUUGUUUUAAACUUUAAACUAUGAAAAUCACAGUUUAAUAUUCUCUACAGGUAGUUUCCACCUUCAACUUUAUCCCAGAAAACCUAAAUAAUGCUGGCAUUGAUGAUGAUAAGAAAUGUAAGCUUUCAACAUCUUUCCUUUAAUUUAGUAGAGAAUCUAUAUCUUGAUUCCUAAAAUAUCUUCGUCAGUGUUUCUCCCAUCAUGGUUAUUUAUUCCUUUACAUUAAUUUAUUCAUACGUUUUGCAAUUGAAAGCAGCUGGGACGGAGAACAUAGAUAAACUUAAAUCAAAGUGAAUUUAAUUAAAAGGACUUGAUGAGCAACAUCUCUUUUCUAAAAGUGUUGACAUUAAAGGUGACCAUGUACACACUCUACAUGUGCCAUUGUGGUGAUAAAGGUACAUUAAAACCCAAAUCAAAA